AUGUACCAUAUUUCAUUUCCAAUUGCAUCUCGUAUCACCUACGGUACUUAUUUUUCCAUCUGGGUUGUCAUAAAUAGAGUUGUCAUGGCCUGUGUUUGGUUUUCAACUUUAGGUUGGUUAGGUGGUGAUUGUGUUCAAUUAAUGUUGAGAUCAAUUUUCACUAAUAACUUAGAAAAAAAAUUAGGUGAUACCAUACCUGACCCUGAUUUGGAUAACUAUCAAUUCAUGUGUUUCAUGAUCUUCUGGGCUGUCACUUUACCAUUCUUAUGGUUUCCACCUCAUAAGCUUCGUCAUCUUUUUGCCGUUAAAUCGUGUAUUACCCCAUUUGCAGCUUUUGGUUUCCUGAUUUGGACUUUAAAGAAAGCAGAUGGUAACUUGGCAUUAGGUAACUUGAGUGGUACUGGUAAGCUAAGCAGCUCUGCAACUGCUUGGGCUGUCAUUAGAUCUAUCAUGAGUGCCAUGGACAAUUUCUCUACCUUAAUUUUAAAUGCAUCUGAUUUCUCUCGUUUUGCUAAAUCUCCAAAAUCAUCGACUUACUCUCAAUUAUUUGCAUUACCAAUUUUGUACGCUGUUAUUUCAUUGAUUGGUAUCUUGUCUACCUCAGCAGCCUAUACACUUUAUGGUGAAAAUUAUUGGAGUCCAUUGGAUAUUCUAAGUCGUUAUUUAGAAAACUAUACUUCAGGUAACCGUGCUGGUGUCUUCUUAAUUUCCUUUGCCUUUGCUUUUGAUCAAUUGGGUGCCAACUUAUCUGGUAAUGCUAUCCCAGCAGGAACUGAUAUGACCGCUUUACUUCCAAAAUUUAUUAAUAUUAGACGUGGUUCCUUCAUCUGUGCAUGCAUUGCAUUGGCAAUUUGUCCAUGGAAAUUAAUGUCUUCUUCAUCCAAAUUUACUACAGCCUUAAGUGCCUAUGCCGUUUUCUUGUCUGCAAUUGCAGGUGUCAUGUUCGCUGAUUAUUUCAUCAUUAGAAAAGGUUAUGUCAAUAUCUUCCAUUGUUAUACCAACAAACCAGGCUCUUACUACAUGUACAACAAAUGGGGUACUAAUUGGAGGGCUGUUGUUGCCUAUAUCUGUGGUAUUGUUCCAAAUUUUGUUGGUUUCUUAGGUUCAUUAGACGUCGUUGUUCCAGAAGGUGCAAUGAAGGUCUACUAUCUAAAUUACUAUAUUGGCUAUUUAGUAUCAGCAUUAGUUUAUGUGAUACUGGUAUAUUACUUCCCAGUUGACGGUGUACCAAAUGGCGCAAAGAUCAAAGAUCGUGUCUGGUAUGAAAGUUGGAUUGAAGUUGAAAAUUUCGCUAAUGAAAGAGCUGCAUUCGAAAAAUAUGGUGAUGAAGGUGUUUUGAAAGCAAGAAACACUGUCUAA